GAGUAGUGAUAACAGAACAGGGCCGUGCUCUCUCUCUCCCUUGCUCUGAAGUUUAAUUUUUAACUCGUAGGAGAGAGGAGAUAGGAGAAAAUCAGUGCCUGCUGUCAGGGUGCAGCUUGAAGCAUGGCACAAGCAAAGGAGUAAAUCCGAUACUUUCUGGAUGAAGAACUGUACGGACGGUCGAUGGUACAAAACUCAGACUUCAGGCCAGUAAUGGAUAGUCCUGCCACGCUGAGCCGUGUGUUUCAAAGAAGCUAAAACGAGGAAGAAACUUUCUGACUCUGCCCUGCUGAACUGAUACGCUAGGAAAAAAUCUAUAUCUGGAAAUCGAAACUCAGUAACCAUGAAUGAGGGGGAGGCCGAGAUAGCCGAGGAGAAAGACUGGAAGGAGCUGGAGCCCAACUAUGCCAUCAAAGUCUUCCUCACUGUCCUGUACAGCCUCAUCCUGCUCACAGGCAUCGUGGGUAAUGGAAUCACCAUUCGGGUGACACAGGUGCUGCGGCAGAAUGGCUACCUGCAAAAGUAUGUGACGGACCACAUGGUGAGCCUGGCAUGUUCCGACCUUUUGGUCCUCCUCAUAGGAAUGCCCGUAGAGCUCUACAGUGCCACGUGGUUCCCCUUCACCUCAGCCUCGGGUGACGCUUCCUGCAAGAUCUACAACUUCCUGUUCGAGGCCUGCAGUUACGCCACCAUCUUGAACGUGGCGACGCUCAGCUUUGAACGCUACAUUGCCAUUUGCCACCCGUUCCGCUUCAAGGCCCUGGGCAGAGAGCGAACAACUGGGAGUCUCAUCGCUCUCGCCUGGGUCACGUCCGUGUUCGUAGCCCUCCCGCUGCUGUUCGUCACAGGAAUGGAGGGCUAUGUCCCAGAGCGAGCCAUCAUGCCCGUCCAGAACCUGACGUUCUGCACCAACCUGAGAAACCAGUGGGGAAUGUACAGGGCCAGUAUCUUUGUGGCGUUCAUUGUGUACAUGGUGGUGCUGGUCAGCGUGGGGGUCAUGUGUUGGGCCAUGAUCCUGGUCCUUCAGAAAACCAUGGGGCCCAUAGGAAGAGGGGUCAACGGAGUUGAGGACAAGCCAAAACACGAGAGUGCCAGGGUCAAAGCCGCCAAGAAGCAAACCAUCCUUUUUCUAGGUUUAAUCGUGGGCUCCCUUACCGUGUGCUGGCUGCCCAACCAGGUGCGUCGCCUGAUGACUGCCGCCGUGCCCAAGUCCAGCUGGACCAUGUCCUACUUCCGCAACUAUGUGGUGCUGCACCCUGUGGCCGACACCUUCUUCUACCUUAGUUCCGUGCUCAACCCCUUCCUGUACAACCUCUCUUCCCGCCAGUUCCGACAGGUCUUCGUCCAGGUGCUACGCUGCCGCCUCACCAUCGAGCACGUAAACAAACGGACUCUGAGGAGCUUCGAGGCCAACUCGGCCCGCUCACUGCGGCCCCUGCUAAAGUCACUGCGUCGUGGUGGUGGCAACAGGUCUACUCAGACUCAGAGCAAGGAGUUCAAGAUGCCUACAUUCACUACCUUCCAUAGUCCUAAGGACACUCCCCCUCGCGGCCCUGAGGAGGCCCUCCCCACAACCGAUGAAUCACAUUCAAAUUCAGUCGGAAAGGGAAACAUCCCCGAAGAGACUGAAAUAUAAGUUUAUUAAAAUACACGUAUUACAGUUGUUUUGACUUGUGCUCUGACAUGCUUCUUUUUUUAUUUUAUUUUACCUUUAUUUAACCAGGCAAGUCAGUUAAGAACAUAUUCUUAUUUUCAAUGACGGCCUGGGAACAGUGGGUUAACUGCCUGUUCAGGGGCAGAACGACAGAUUUGUACCUUGUCAGCUCGGGGGUUUGAACUCGCAACCUUCCGGUUACUAGUCCAACGCUCUAACCAAUAACCACUAGGCUCUAACCACUAGGUUACGCUGGCUGAGGUUAUGAAGUAGAAUUGACGUUGUGAGUCAAUACAGUCCAGAAAGACUUCUAGGUGACUUUGAAAGAUGAACCAAAAGAGAGACACUUAGCUGUGUUCAGUAUUACAGUAUUCAAUUCAUCGGAGAGGGAUACAGGGUGUCAUCCAACUCAGAUUUCAACAAUCUGCCACAAGCUGAUUUGUCAGAGAGGUGCCUCUACAGACAUAAUAUGUGAGGAGUCUAACAUACAGUAAUACAUCCAGUCAAAGAACAGUCUGGACAUUUUUACCAAUUUCAUCUCAUACUGUACAUUGUAAUACCUGGAACACUGGAAAAGCUUGAUAUUUGAACAGUGUUAAUUACAGUGAUUUGUUUCCAUUACAUGAGAUGACACUUCUCUUGGCCCUACUGUAACUCAUAUUUUCACAGUCACUUAAGAUGCCACUGAAAACUAAGCUCAACAUUAUUCAUCAUGACAUGGUGUCUGCAUUGUACAUUGUGUCCAAAGUAUGCUUUUCCAUUCAUUUGUAUGGCAUCCACUGACAGAGUUGACCACUUACUAAAUUGGACCCAGUGCAUAUGAUUUGAACUCAAGACAAAUGUAAUUUAUGUUUCAUCACUACAGUAUCAGCAUCAUUAUUUUAACAUUAAAAAUGGUCACUUCC